UCCGCGGCUCGGGAGCGAAACCUGAGCGCGUCUGCAAGGCGCACGGGGCUGGGCUGGGCCGGCCCGAGCGAGCGGGGCUCUCCUCUGCUCUCGGAGAGCGGGAUGAGGGGCUGAGCCACGCGGCGCGGCGUCUCCCUGCGCAGCCCUCUCCGGAGCCGAGCGAGCGCGCCUCCUCCUCCUCCUCCCCAGCCGUCCUGCCCGUCCCGUCCAACUUCCCUCCGGCGGCCGCUCAUGGAGGGCUCCUCGUCGCCGCCCUCCUCCGACCUCAAGCGGGCCUUGGACAACAACGGCGGUGGCACCGAGCUCCAGCUGGGCGCCGAGGAAGAGGCUGCGGGGCCCGAGGAAGAGCCGCACAUGCCCAAGAACUACCUGUGGCUCAGCAUCUUGUCCUGCUUCUGCCCCGCCUAUCCCAUCAACAUCGUCGCCUUCGUCUUCUCCAUUUGGGCUGUGAACAGUUACAAUGACGGAGACUUAGAAGGGUCAAAGAGGCUGGGCCACAACGCUUUCUGGGUUGCCAUUGCAUCCAUUAUCAUUGGCAUUGUGAUCAUAGCGAUGUACUGUAUAGUCCAUUUCACUACGUAUGCCAUCUGAAGACCAAGAGUGGACAUGAAAGGUUGCCGUCUUCAAGCCUUCUGGGAAAAGCAUAGAGAAUCCCCAAUGAAGAAGAGAAAAAGGAGGGAUCCUCCAGCCCAGACUGAUCAAUUAACCUGGAGGCACGUCACUAGUGAAGAGACCGGUCAUUGUUGCUGGUCACAGUGCUGUAUGAUGAGAUAAGUAAACAGUAUUUCUUAAAUAAUGCUAUCCUAGAGCAAACCCCCUCCCCAUUUUAAAGUAUGUCAGAGAUGCAGCCUAUGUCCAUAAUGCAUCAUAUUGCAGUAUGUACGCCUCUUCCCAUGUGGAAUAUUUCCCAGGCUGGAGGGUUUCACCGGCUGAACUUUCUGGACUAGUGACAUUUAGAAGAAUGGAACUGCAGUGCUCUGGACAAUCUCUCCUUGACUUCCCUGAUGCUGACAUUGGACCGCCACAGCUCUCUAGCUCUAUUAACACCUUGUGGAAUGCGAAAUGAGAAUAAUUCCCUGUUCGCAGUGUGCUCCGGACAUCCGCGCCACCCUCUCUGCACGUCGUCCCUUCCGAAUUUGCAGCUCAUUCUCAAAGGAUGAUUUGCAUCAUGUCAAUUUUUUUGAAUGGAGGGGCUUGCCUCAGAUCUGUACGCUCUCCUCUCCCAUUGCUGUUCCAAUGUUCAAUUCUUUUUCCUUCCUGUGUCGACUUCUCUCCAGCCCAAAUGCAAGGCAGUUGUUCUCACACGUGCACACUCUUGUUUUGCUGAGAUGCUUUUGCAGGUCUCCUUUACGACCCUUUUAAUGCAUCCGUUGGUUUGACUGUGCUUUUGUGAAGGUUUGUGUUUGUCCCAUUCUAAGACUGCAUGUUAUUCAGUGGACAGUUCCUUCCCCUGAGAGUCGGGAAUGAGUUUGGAUGGUAAUGGCGGUAGCCAACUUACCAGAGGAAAAAUAACCAACUGGCUACUCCUAUGUCUUUUUGAGCACCUAAGUCUUCAGCAGUCAGCAGUUAAGGUUUCUCCCAGCAUGGAAAAUAGCUUGGGUGACCCACUAAAGUCUGUGCAUCAAACACCCGUGAAUGGCACAUUUGCAAUGGCUGGUGGAAAGUGGGCAUAUGUAAGAAUGGCUGACAGUUGGGGUGGAAUUCAAUCAGGCUUGGCAUUUGGGAGCUAUGGAGGAAAUACAAAAAUCACACAUUGGAUCCUGGUUGGAAUUAGUACAAUUAUGGGGGUGGGGGGAAAGACUUGGGGAUAUAUACCCACAAUUUUACAAAUGGGAGACAAUGAGUAGUUUCAUCCCCCUUAAUCUUUUUGGAGAAACCAGUUAUGAAAAAAAACCACUCUCAUACAGGCAGGAAGUAUACUCAUGAUAGUCAUCCGUGUCUGAUCAGUGAUUUAAACAGAUUGAGUCCUGCUUGUAAAGAAAAAGAAAACAACACAAUAAACUUGUAUUUGGUUUGUAUAUUUUCAUUGUUCAAAUAACUGAAAUGUUUACGGGGUUUCUAUGGAUGAAUUGCUGUCCCUCUGGGGGGGAAUAAAAGGAGAUGUGGUCUAUCACUUCAAAAGGCGUGGUUUCAGCAGCCAGGAGGUGGGAGCUACUGUUUUUCCUCCUCUUCCAUGUAAACAUUUCACCAUUUCUGAUGUUGUAGGAUUCAUUCCUAGCCUGCUGGCCUUUCUGUUGUCUUCUGGUCCAUCAUCUCUCUGUCACUACCACCAGGACUGGUAGCUGGUGAAAGCUUUU